CUUCUCGCAUUGGGAUUGUUUUAUUCAAACUCGUAUAUAAGCGUUCGAAGCUCGAUAAAAAUAACAGCGAAGCGAGGUGUGAGCCAAGAAGACUCCUUGUAUCUUUUCACGAAAAAAAAGAAGACUCCUUGUAUCUCCGGAUGGAAUUCAAGCGGAUGAAGUUGUCCGAUUCCGCUGCCGCCGCCGCCGGCGAAGCUCAGACCAAGCUUGCAGCUAUUGCAGUAGAGCUUGGGCGAGAAAUUCAUGUCUUCAAAAGCUCAGCAAAUGCUCUGGCGUCACAUGUGGUAUCUGCCACUUCUACUGAAGAAGAACUGGAGGAUAACUUUUAUGAUCUCACUCCAGAGGAUUAUUAUCAACUAAUGUCAGAUAAAGCAAGAGUUCAAUCUCAGAUUUUGAAGACCCAGAAAACUCAAGAAGCAGAGGCAGCCGCUCGCAGAGCACAAAUAACCACGGCAAUAAUCAGGGUUCGCUUCCCCGAUGGCUGCAUUCUUGAGGCAAAUUUUCAACCAUCAGAGAAAAUUCAAAGUUUGGUUGAUGUUCUUAUUAAAGUAGUUUCUCAACCAGAGCUGCCAUUCUAUUUGUAUACAACUCCUCCAAAAGAGCGAAUUAGAGAUAUGUCAAAGGAUUUCUAUUCGGCUGGCUUUGCCCCUGGUGCUAUCGUUCACUUUUCCUAUGAUUUGCCAAAAGAGUCUACCAGUGCAGUGACAAAUGGAGGGCCUUAUCUUCGCGAUGAUAUCUUGUCUUUGCAAAAGACAGUUCCUAUUCUAGAACAUGUUGAUCUGAAUUAUUCUAAACCAGAACAUGUUGUGGUGGUGAAUUCUCCUGCCGUAUUCAAGCCUAAACGCGUCAUGAAUAAGUCAACGAAGCCAAGAUGGUUAAAACUUUAACCGCCAUUCAUUCAGGUAACCUUUUGUCCAAUUACGACCACGAGUACGUGCCCCAUCUCAACACAGUGGAUAAUGCAACUGGGGAUAAGGAAGCCCUAAAAAACAGUUGUAAUUUAUUUGCAUCUAGAUCUUGGAAAUGCAAUGCUUGUGAGAUGUAAAAUGGACAGCCCAGAUCCUGUCAUCCUAUUAAAAAUUAUUUUUGUCAAAAGGAAAAGAGAGAAAAAGUUGGAUGAGAGGUCACUUCUUAAAACUGGGAUUCUCAGCUUUUAUAUUACAAACCUUUCUUUAAAAUAAAAAUAUCUUGUUUGUUCGAUU